AUGAAUGGAAACAGUGGUAACGACCCUAUGCUGUCCAGUUUCAUCAACGAGGACUGGGGAAAGUUCCACGGCAGCUCGUCCGUCACAGACAGCGCGACCUCGUCUGUAGUCGCAUCGCAAACAUUGACGCCUUCGUUCCUUAUCUCCCCUGACGGAUUGCUGAACCUGGAGCAGAACUCGGAGUUCUCGGACCUGACUACUUUGUGGCCCACGGAGCGAAAGAGGGUCCUAUCAAUUAAGAUGGAAGACGAUGAUUCGUUCUCGUCUUAUUCAGUGGCCGGGGAGGUAGAUAAUCGAGAUAUUGACAUUGAAGAUAUGGAUAUGUCCGCAGAAAUGAUAGGAACUAACAUCAAAACCGAUAUUCAUGAAAACGAACUUUACGAUGCGGCAGAUAUCAGCCCUCACAGUAGUCGCCAGAACAAAUGUAAUCCGAGCAAAUUCCAAAUGUCAGAAGCGGAUGCAAGAAGAUACGUGGAAGAACAGUUCGAGAAAAUCGCCGUUGUUCCUAAGUCGCAUUUGAAUCAGAGGGAGAAGAUAGAGUUUAUAUUAGCCAGAAGUGACUGCACCGAAUUCACCGUUGAGGACAUUCUGAACUUUGAUAAGAAGUGUCCGGAUUCGGCCAGAGCAUGCGCACAGAUAGUCCAGAACAUUCCUCAGCGGUACCGCUGGGAGUGUGUCAGACCAGAGGAUAUUCCGUGUUGCUACACCAUCGUUGCUGAUUGCAAGAAGGUGUCGUGUCGAGACAAGCCGCCCCGACCAAUGAACGCGUUCAUGAUCUGGGCUCAAAGCGCCCGCAGGCUCAUCAACGAGCUCUGUCCAAAGAUGCAGAACGCUCUCAUAAGCGAGGCAUUGGGUUAUUAUUGGCGACAGAAAACUGAUGCAUUCAAACAACAUUUUGAACAGGAGAAAAUGAAACUGAGACGCUUUCACAGCGUAGAAUUCCCGGAGUAUAAAUACAAGCCAAAAACAAAAGUACAGAAAGCUCGAGAGAAGCAAGAGUUGUCACUGACCAAAGCCAAACUGCGAGCCUCUGUUAAGCUGGAAAAACUUCGAAGAACAGAAGAAGAAAGUCCUCGGCGUACAAAAUGUGGUCGUCCCAAAAAGGCAAAAGUAGAUCCUCUGACAAAGGAAGCAAAUUCACCGUUGUCGUCAUCGCAGUAUGCGGUGUCUGAAAAGUGUACGCGAAAAACUCCAACAAAACCCGCAAUAAAAGACAUGUUGACUCUAAAAAUUCUCAAUGAUAGAAUGUGCAAGGACACACACAACACACUUUCCAGGUCUAGAGACCUGGUCGUAAGUGCAUUUGGGCAGCUAAGUCCAAUAGAGGUCGACAGUCGAGGAUCCAACGAGGUAGAUAUGAGCAACUUUGACCAAGAUUUGCGAGGGAAAGCUGCCUCUUCCUCAGUGUUUGACACUCCCGCCAAUACUCCGCCAGUUGAUUACGACGAACGUCACCAUUCACCCAUGAAUCCACAACAGGCGUCACCGUCGUCUGUGGCUUGUGAUUUAACCCAACAGAUCCCCACAGAAGUAUGUCCGUUCACAUCCUUGCCACCUGCUGUGGCAACCACACCCACGAACCUAGGGGGUAGUUCUAGAGGCACCCACAAUAUAUCGCUGCUUGAGCUGCUGACUAAGCGCACGUCUUUAUCAACGCUACAGCCACAAUCUACAGCAACAGAUCAAGUCUUAGAUAUAACAGACCUGUUGUUCACUUACGUCACCGAGUCCUUAUCUGCAGCACAGCAUAGUACGCACAGCCCCGCCCGACACUACCCCAAAUGCAGCGUUGAAACCACAGACGAUAACAACAACAACAGUGACAUCAACAACAACAGUGACAUCAACAACAACUACCAAGAGGACAUCAACAACAACAUGUUACCUGACCUCAACAGUUCUCCCCCAAAACCUCCCAAUUUUCUUUACGAAGCGAGCGACCUUGACAUGCUGUUCCUAGAUUUGAACGUUCCAAUCUUAACGGACGAUGAUGUGAGAUCUAUCUUAAAUAAUCUAUGA